UAUGGCUUUUCAGCGGUAUAGCGUCUCCUUGUUUGAAAUAACCUUGCUUGUUUUGCUUUUUUUCUGUGUUCAUGGUGAGGGACGCCUCAAAGGAUUUAGGAAAUACGAUCAAGUGCAGGUCAAAAGUGCAGGAACUGUCUUGGAAGAGCAAUGGUUCACACAAAAAUUGGAUCACUUCAAUGGUGCAGACAGCCGUGUAUGGAAGCAAAGAUACUUUGUGAACGACAAGUUCUACAGGAGUGGCGGUCCAGUUUUCCUGAUGAUAGGUGGAGAGGGCCCGGCCGUCCUAGCAUGGAUGGUGGAGGGCACAUGGCUAACUUAUGCCCAGAAACUGGGAGCCCUUUGUCUUAUGCUAGAACACCGCUUCUAUGGACAGAGUCACCCCACAGUUGACCUGAGCACAGAAAACCUGCGUUUCCUCAGUAGUCGUCAGGCAUUGGAAGACUUGGCACACUUCCGUACUGUCAUGGCAGAGUCCAAGGGGCUGACUGAAAAAAAGUGGGUGGCAUUUGGGGGUUCAUAUCCAGGCUCCCUUGCUGCUUGGUUCAGGUUGAAGUACCCUCACCUGGUCCAUGCUUCUGUGGCUACAAGCGCACCCAUUCAUGCUGCGGUCAACUUCCCAGAGUAUUUGGAAGUCGUGUGGCGUUCACUGGCCUCGGAGAAGCCAGAUUGCCCCCUACUGGUGAAAAAGGCUUCUGACACCCUUGUGGAGCGCCUCAAAGACCCCAAGACUUACGAUAACAUCACCAAAGACUUCAAUCUGUGCUCCAAGCUCCAGCUCCAGACAGAAAUGGACUCUUCAUACGUCCUGGAGACGCUGGCCGGAAACUUCAUGGAUGUGGUCCAGUACAAUCAAGACAACAGGGAGUUUGAGGGUGUAGUGGGCACUAACAUCACAAUCCAGGUGCUGUGUGACAUCAUGGCCGAUGCCUCAUUAGGGGACCCUUACGUUCGAUACGCUGCUGUGGCAUGCCUCAUGAUGAACACCUUCUCCAUGAAGUGCUUGGAUGUCAGCUACAGCAACUAUAUGAGAGAUAUGACAAAUACAUCCUGGGAUGGACCUGCUGCAGGGGGAGGGAGACAGUGGGUGUACCAGACUUGUACCGAGUUUGGAUUCUACCAGAGCACUGAUUCCCCCAACCAACCAUUUGAUGGAUUUCCUCUCCCAUAUCAUGUCAAACAAUGUGCAGACUUCUACAAUAUCAGCAGUAAGACACUGGUUGAGGCAGUGGCCCAGACCAAUGAGCACUAUGGCAGUUACGGCAUCCACAGCACCAGAAUAGUCUUCCCCAAUGGGUCUAUUGAUCCCUGGCAUGCCCUUGGGGUCACCCUUGACAUCAGCCCCAACCUCCCUGCUGUCUUCAUCAAAGGGACAGCCCACUGUGCCAACAUGUACCCUGCUAGAAGCCAGGAUCCUCCCCAGCUGGCUCUGGCCCGAGACCAUGUCUUCUUGCUUCUCCAGCAGUGGCUGAAGCAAUGAUUAUUAAUUGGACUUGCCCUUCAGUGGUGGUUUAAAGCCACCAAUGGGUGACCUUGGAAUGAGGUUUCUUAUGUCAUUCAAGCACUGCCAUGGUUGAGAUUCCUUGAUAAGACACUUUAACCGAUUUCAUAUGUUAAAUCUAUUGGAUGAUUUGUCGAAUAUUUGUCUGUGAGGCUGAGAUGAAUGUGAUCGGAAAAAUAAAAGUGCUUUUUUUUCUAUGACUUUAGUGUCUGGUCUCUGCAUAUUAAGUUUUGCUGCUAUAUAAUA